CUCUUUCCAUUGGCUGAGAGAGCUCUUGGGGUGGGCUGCGCUGUCACCUGGCAGGAACCGGAAGCCGGGGUUAUAAAGCAAAGGAAGCUGAAACCUACGGUGGGUGUUGCUCUUUUAUUUUUCCAUCGCUGUCUUCAAACCUAAACUCGAGCCUGUUGUCCACCGGUCUAGCAGAGCUUUCGCCAUGGCCCUCAGUGAUGCUGACGUGCAAAAGCAGAUUAAGCACAUGAUGGCUUUCAUUGAACAAGAAGCCAAUGAGAAGGCAGAAGAAAUAGAUGCAAAGGCAGAAGAAGAGUUCAACAUUGAGAAGGGUCGUCUUGUGCAAACCCAAAGAUUGAAGAUUAUGGAAUACUAUGAGAAGAAAGAAAAGCAGAUUGAACAGCAAAAGAAAAUACAGAUGUCCAAUUUGAUGAAUCAAGCAAGACUGAAAGUCCUCAGAGCGAGAGAUGACCUUAUCACAGACCUACUCAAUGAAGCGAAACAGAGACUUAGCAAGGUGGUAAAAGACACAACCAGGUACCAAGUGCUGCUGGACGGACUGGUCCUCCAGGGUUUAUACCAGUUGCUGGAGCCCCGAAUGAUUGUUCGUUGCAGGAAACAGGACUUCCCUCUGGUAAAGGCUGCAGUGCAAAAAGCAAUCCCUGUGUACAAAAUUGCCACCAAAAAAGAUGUUGAUGUCCAAAUAGAUCAGGAGGCCUACCUGCCUGAGGACAUAGCUGGUGGUGUUGAGAUCUAUAAUGGGGAUCGUAAAAUAAAGGUAUCCAACACCCUGGAAAGCCGGCUGGAUCUCAUAGCCCAGCAGAUGAUGCCAGAAGUACGGGGAGCCUUGUUUGGUGCUAAUGUGAAUAGGAAGUUUUUGGACUAA